AUGGCAACAAUUACCACAAGAAAACCAUGUGCUAAAUGUAGUAAAGGUAGCGGCGUCACUACAUGUGAUGGAUGUCAACAAUCAUUUUGUACUAAACAUUUUGUUGAACAUCGUCAUGAACUCUCUCAACAGAUGAACAAUAUCAGUCAAGAACAUGGUUUAUUUCGACGAGACUUAUCGAAAGAAAGUCCAAAACAUCCAUAUUUAAAUCGUAUUGAUUCGUGGGAACGUGAAUCAAUUAGUAAAAUUCAAGCAGCAGCUGAAAUUGCUCGAACCGAUCUUCGACAAUUACUUGAUCGAACAAAGAAUGAUUUGAAAACAUCAGUAGAAAAACUAACCAAUGAAAUUAAUUCCUGUCAGCAAUCGGAUGAUUUCACAGAAAAUGAUCUUAAACGAUGGAGUGAACAAUUAAAAGAAUUGCGUAAAAAUCUUGAUACUCCAUCAACUAUCUUUCUCGUUAAUGAUGAUGAUAUGAAAUCAUCUAUUCAUUUAAUUCGAAUUUGUGACAAACAAUUAAAACAACAACAGCAAAUUCAACGUCCUUGUACACCUGUAAUUCGAACGCUCGAGCAUCGUAUGCAUAAUAUUAAAGACUCUACUUGUAUCAUUAAUGAAAAAUUUGGNCUGGAAAAUAAGUGUUUUUGUUUGAAAUUUAAUAAAAGAAAACAAAGAAAGAAAUAUGAAACAAAACGAAAAAGCUGCAUCUAA